UGUACACUGGCCGUAUAAGGUUGCACUGCUAUAUUGAUCUGUAUAAAAUAUUAAUAAACGACUGCCGGCCUAGCUUGUGCGACUCCUCUCCACUAGGAAUGCGCACACAGUUUGGAUGUACAGGCUAGAUGCAGUGAAGCCGUGCUUACAAUGCAGUAAAUAUUUAUCAUAUAUUGUUGGAUUCGUUAUAUUUUGCAGACACGCGACUGAAGCGGUAUAUAGCCUACGCUGAAAUCCACAUGACCGCUCGCUUUGCUCUGAAUUCGUUCCGCCCCAAAACUCCCUUUCAUCCAGUCCAAGGAGCGUUUCGUUUCAAUGAAAAUUGAAAGUGCCGUUGGCUAUUCGAAUCUCCUCUUGCAGUUUCUUCCGUCAAAAAUGAUAAUUACGAAAGGGCCAGCAACAGUCAUCGGUUGAGAAUAUGCAAAAGAUCGCCCCACCGGAUACGGUGUUAUUACACGCUAUCUAUGUGUCAUCCUUUAGGCCUAUAUAGCCGGCUCGUAGCUGUAAAAAGUGCAGUUGACCACUUCGACAGGGUCACCCUGAGCAUCAAUGCAGUUGCUGGCAACUACAAGCGCAUGCGUGCUGGGCAGACAGAGGAGCGAUCCGUUAUUUGGGCGAAAAUUUGAUUAAAAACAAUAACGUUUCAUCGCUCAGUGCAUACGUAUGUUUGAUUCCAUGGAAAUUGAACGGGUCCAUGCUGACGAUUUAACCUUGUGUUUGGCGAAUCAUAGCUGUAAAUAUCGUCAACGAGUUGCUUCAGUCAACAGAGCUUAGCGUAUAUGAACCUGGAUUUAUGCUAUUUCCAUUUGUUGGACUGCUCAGUUUGUUUUGAUUGCUUCACUUUUCUGGCUACUACAGCUGCAGGGGUGUUUCAAUGCUUCACUGAUCCCCCAAAAUUGCACUCAAAAUAUUACCCCCGAGUAUCACUUUGAGUGGGGGCGACGGAGUUCAUAAUAGUACAAUAAUUGUGGGUCUUCGUUGAGGUGGAUUUUCCUGCACUGCGUGUGAUAAUAAAAACAUAAUCCUGUAAAAUCAGUGGGACAAGUACAGCCGAGACGACAUAACAUCAUGAGCGGCCAGCAGUCAUCGACUACCCUGUCUGGUGUUCCCGUCACCCCGCAGAAGCCCGGCCGGCAUCAGCCCCCUACUUCCCCCCGAAACAACCCGGUGGCCAUGGCUGAUGCCAGACUUGCCUCGCCUGAAGAUUCCGUAGUGAAUAACGUCAGUCCGAUACAAGCCAAGAUACUGGAGGAUAACUUCCAACAGAAUAAGAAUAUGGAUGAGAUAACUUUGGAGAUUGUUGCCGCAGAAGCUGGCUUGUCUCCCCAAGACACAGCGAGGUGGUUCCAGCACAGAAGGGCUUUAUGGAGACAAAACGAAGGCCUGAAUCCCAACAGUCGAACCCUAGAAGAAUUAUAAAGUAAUGCUACACGGAAUGCUAUACACUCAUCAGAGGAUGUCUAGAUUCCUGAAGAAAUGAACAGUUGUUGACCGCAAGGAGAAGUGAGUCCCCCGUCUCCGUAGCCUCACGUCUUAGAGGACAACGGCACCUUUAGAGUGACUUUGGAAUCGCUUUGAAAAAAAAUGGGGUUUUCAAGUUCUUGUUUGGAUUAGGCCGUACCCCUUGUCGAUUUGACUGGAAUGGAUAUCUCUACCGUAGAAAAAUAUAGAAGACGAGCGAUCAACUCUCAGGUUCAAUCUAUACAAGAGGCUAUAUUUAUACAUGUUUCAUUUUUGGUAUGGUACUUGAUGGGUCAAGACAUGACAUGGCGUUUUCUGCCUGCAGAUUCAAUUUAAAAAUUUACGAGACCCAGACAGGGGUGGACAUGCCCCGCUUUGUUCUUUACACUUAUUCCAUCAAGACAGGCGAGGUAUGACUGAUACCUGGCCAAAACGUUUAUCAUUAUAUCAACUACUUACACUUUUGAGAAAACUCUCCCUAGUUUAAUUUUAUUCAAAUUAAUCAAUCGAGGUACGAUUUCUAAAUGUCCGUCAAACUACAAAGUUGCGGAAACAUUUUUAAUUGUCAUUAAAAAAUCACCGGGAACAAAUAGAAUGUUAGGCCUAUGCCUGUAAUAUUCCAUCAAUAUUGCCAUCAAACAGACACAACUGUAGUAUAAAAUUAAUUAUGAUUUGAUAAUCGUAGUAGAGGCAAUAACGACAUUACGCUCGAAAUGGAGGUUCACACUGCAUAUAUUUGUUGAGUGUUUCAUUGAUAUCAAUAUUUAUUUUUUGGGUUUUGUAACAUACCUCACAUUUCUUGGCUGUAACUAUUACUGGGAAUUAAAGGGAACACAAUGUGGACACUUCUGAGUGGCGAGCCUCAACGUUAAUGUGAAGAAAGGGGAAAUGCUUCAGUUUGGACUGAGAUCGAUUUCAUGUUAGAUUAUUUGUAAUUUAAUUUAAUAAGCUGAUUGCAUGUUGAUACUGAUGAAUUUGCAUGGAUUAAAAAGGAAACGUGUGAGUGAACUCAAUUACAUCAAAAGAACCAAGUGUAAGUGAUUCUGAA